AGAGUUAUCCGGCUGCACGGCCGUAGGACUCUGGUGUUGGAUGGCACCCGGCCUGUGCGUGUUUCUGGAACAGCUUUCAUCAGAAAGACUUCACUCCUUCAGUCUGCACAGCCCUCAGAAUGAAUUCCACAGUGAAUGUGAGCGAUGAGCAUACUGCUCAUGACUUCAUGUUUACGUCCGAAUCUGUGGGAGAGGGACAUCCUGAUAAGAUAUGUGACCAGAUCAGUGAUGCUGUGCUGGACGCUCACCUGAGGCAAGACCCUGAUGCUAAGGUGGCUUGUGAGACGGUGUGUAAGACGGGCAUGGUGCUGCUCUGUGGGGAGAUCACGUCUCGAGCCAACGUGGACUACCAGAGAGUGGUGAGAGAAGUCAUCCAGCAUAUUGGUUACGAUGACUCGCAGAAAGGAUUUGACUAUAAGACCUGUAACGUGCUGGUAGCCCUGGAGCAGCAGUCACCUGACAUCGCUCAGGGAGUUCAUAUCGAUCGCACGGAGAGCGAAAUCGGAGCUGGAGACCAGGGUCUGAUGUUUGGAUACGCCACAGAUGAGACAGAGGAGUGCAUGCCCCUCACCAUAGUCCUCGCCCACAAACUCAACGCUAAGAUGGCCGAGCUGAGACGAAAUGGGACGGUCCCCUGGCUCCGCCCAGACUCAAAGACACAGGUAACAGUUCAUUACGCCCAGGAAAAUGGCGCUGUGAUCCCCAAAAGAGUGCACACUGUGGUGAUCUCCGUGCAGCACGAUGAUAACGUGUGUGUGGAGGAGCAGAAGAAGGUGCUGAAGGAAAAGGUCAUCAAAGCCGUGGUGCCUUCACGCUACCUGGACGAGGACACCAUCUAUCACCUGCAGCCCAGCGGACGCUUUGUGAUUGGAGGGCCGCAGGGUGAUGCAGGAGUGACGGGCAGGAAAGUCAUUGUGGACACGUACGGUGGUUGGGGGGCCCACGGGGGCGGAGCUUUCUCUGGAAAGGACUACACCAAGGUGGACCGCUCGGCCGCCUACGCUGCACGCUGGGUGGCAAAAUCUCUGGUGAAGGCCCAGCUGUGCAGGCGGGUACUGGUGCAGGUGGCGUAUGCGAUUGGAGUGGCCCACCCGCUCUCCAUCUCCCUGUUCACCUACGGCUCCUCUCCAAAGAGCGAGAAGGAGCUUCUGCAGAUCGUCAAUAAAAACUUUGACCUCAGACCUGGAGUCAUAGUCAGAGACCUGGACCUAAAGAGACCAAUCUACCAGAAGACUGCAUGCUACGGACACUUUGGCAGGAAGGAGUUUCCCUGGGAGGUCCCGAAGAACCUCAACUUCUAGAGUGUGUGUGUGUGUGUGUGUGUGUGUGUGUGUGUGUGUGUGUGUGUGUGUGUGUGUGUGUGUGUGUGUGUGUGGUGGAGUCCAUAUGGCCUUUGUUCAUUGGUCUGAGUCUGAGGUGUGGGUGGGUCAGAGGUGUUCCAGCUGUAGGUGACAAAGUCCCUAAAUGACAACCCUGAAGCAUGAGAGAUAUUUACACUUUAAAUCUAAACUGUUAAAGAAAAAAAUAAACUGAGUGGAUGACCAAAUUUUAAAGGAGAAAAACCGUGCAUGGGUCAUGUCUUAAGCGUUUCAGUGAGUUUUUGAAGAGCCUGUGGGGAUUCUGCACAUGUUUGAGGUUUUCUCGCGCUCGUUUAUGACUAUUUCAGUGACAAACUCUGACAGUCAGCUAAACCUCUUUCAAUAAUUUUUAUCACAAGCGUCUCAGUUUUGCCUGGAUAAAAAUGAACUUCCAUCCACCUGAUUAAGGGUCACUGGGGGGCUGGAGCCUUUUCCAGUUACUAUAGGGCGAGAAGCACGGACAACACAUUGAACUCACAUUCACAUCUAUAGACAAUUUAGAGUCACCCCGUAACCCAACUCUACUACCUGCAUGUCUUUGGACUGUGGGAGAACGCCGCAGUAUGCAGAGAGAACCCACGCAGACACAGGGAGAACGUGAAACAGCCAGAUGGUGGAUUUAACUCAAGACAUUCGGGCUGUGAGGCCACCGUGCUCCCCUGUAAAGGAAUUUAUUUAACAUGAACAACAACACACGUCUACCAAAGACGGAUGACGUCAGAGGACAUGGAAGUAGACAGUCUGAACUGCAUCAGCUGAUGACACCCUCACAUCAGCUGAUUUUUGUUUUUAAAAGACAACUUUAGAAGUCAAAAUGACUCCGAAGCGUCUUUAAACCAUACAUAAAAACAAUUUUUUUUAAUCAACUUGCUAUCAGGGGUGGGAAGGUGUACUAGUAUCUGCUGCUCUUGGCACUUCCCAAGGUUUAGCCAACUUUCCCCUACAUGGCUUGGAUGUGGCAUCCUGCUCCUGUUACAUUGCAUGGAAAACACCAAAAUGAUUUUGAUGAGAGUUUGAGGUUAAAAGAACAGAAGCUGAAUAAUCUUAAAACUUUUCUGCAGGUGUAUAAACUUUUCCUCAGGCUU